UUCAGUAUAACAGGAAUGCUGGGAAACUCUCCUCCUCUCUUCUAUUCGUCCGUUUUGCCCUCUUUGUCCUCCACUCCCUGAGGUCCUGCUCGCCAAUUAAACAAGAAUAACUUGUUUCGCCGUGAAGAUGACAUCCCGCUUGGUUCUGCACGUGACCCUGCUGUCGCUGUGGUGCACCGUGGCCCAGUGUGCUCCCAUGUUCUACAACAUGUCCAUGGACGGGAGCGGCGACGACGGGCUGGAGUUCCUCUUCCCCAAGUCCUUCUCCACCCGCGCUCCGGUGGAGGUCAGCGCCGCCCCCACCGAGGCGCCCUCCCUCACCAACACCAUCACCACCACCAUGAUCCGCCUGAAGGACUUCGUCCUGAGCCGAGUGGUGGACUUCCUGCAGCAGAAUCUCCUCAUCAUCGUCGUGGUCACCUCCCUCCUCAUCGUCUUGGUCUUCAUCAUCUGCUGCGCCUCCGCCAUGAGUCAGAAGCGCAAGCUGGAGGCCUACAAGCCCGCCUCUCCUCCUCCUCGGAAGAACGCGGCGGAUAAAAGCGCCGGACGUAAGGGUUCCAACGAGUCCCAGGAGAGGCCGUACGCCGUGGACCACGUCAAACGGGUCCAGAUACAAAGCAGGGCGUCGCCGAAGAACGAGCGCACGCCCUCCAAGGCUCUGGUGGGAGAGAAGGGAAGAGAGGGGAAGUCAUCGCCCCGCCAGGAGGUGAGGAAGGUCAGGGAGGUGGAGGAGGUGGAGAAGCGGCGGGAGGAGCCCAAGCACAAAGAGCAGACGAGGUACAGGGAGGAGGUGCAGCACACCUCCAGUCAGCCUGCGUGCACCUGCCACCUGAAGAAAGCCCACCACUAGACCACCUUUCAAACACACCUCCAAGCCACAACAUUAGGUACACUGAACUCCCUUUUCGUGCUUCCUGGUGACUCUGACCUUUUCUCAAAGUGGAUUUAUCCAACACGUUCAAUAUAAAGUGGCCAGAAUAUGAAUUUAAAUACGUUUUUCUAACUUUAAUCAAGGGUCCUUGAAUGCACCACAGUUAUGGUCAAUGAGAUACAAAAAUGAAACAUAACUUUCCAGGUAGAUUUAUCGUAUUUUUACAUUUCUUCUAUCGCCUCAUCCUUGCUCCAAAAUGUUGCUGCUGUGUGUGAACGCUCAAAGUUGAUCUUUGGUGACGUCAUGUCGUGUUUCUUCAAAGCUCGACACCUGAAGGGCCCGCCCAUCCACCUCCACAGUAAUCCCAACGUCGCUGCCCCAUACACACACACUUGCUGUGUUUUCAUCCACUAAAAACAAUCUAUUGCAUGAUUUCAGUGGAUUUCAUUUUUUUAAAACACAUGUAAAAAAAACGCCUCCCUGGUGAGGUGUUUAGGGCAUGUCCAGCUGGGAGUAGGCCUCAGGGCAGACCUGGGACUCGCUGGAGGGACUAUGUCUCACAGCUGGCCCGGGAACGCCUCGGUGUCCCCCCUGUGGACCUGGAGGAGGUGGCCAGAGACAGGGAAGUCUGAGCAUCUCUGCUUAGACUGCUGCACCCGCGACACGGACACGGUCAGGCGGCGGAAAUGGAUUAAUGGAUGGAUGGAUGGAUGUAAAAACCUCACUUAGGUAUUUUACUUUAACACAUGGGAUUAACAUAUCUAGAAAAU